CUUAAACAUGACAGCAAAACAACACCGAGGGGGAGUGAACUUAUGGACAGCAGUCAUAUUUUGAAGAAAUAUUAUAAAAAUUUCAUCUAAUUAUCUGCAAUUUCAAUCCAGCGAAAAGGUAUUCAGUAGAUGUCCGGCCCCUCAGAGACAUCAGGUGGUAUGUCGCAUCCUGGCCCUUCUCCUGGGGCGGGUAUGUCCCCAGGGCCCAUCUUGGGCCCCAGCCCUGGACCAGAUCCCUCACCGAGCUCUGUUCACAGCAUGAUGGGCCCCAGCCCUGGACCCGGAACACCCAAUGCACCUCACGGCAUGCAGGGCCAGGGACAAAGUGAUUACUCUCAGGACAGCAUGUACUCUAUGCAUAAGCCCAUGGAGGGGAUGAAUGACAAGUCAAUGGCAGAGGCAAUGCACUUUGGUCACAUGAAAGGUGUGGGGAUGAGGUCUCUCCACAGUGGCAUGGGACCUCCACAGAGUCCUAUGGACCAGCACAGCCAAGGGUACAUGUCUCCCCACCCAUCCCCAAUGGGAGUCCAUGAGCACGCUUCAAGUCCCAUGUCAGGAGGCGGAGGUGGACCUACACCACCACAUAUGCCCCCUUCCCAGUCAGGCCCUAUGAUGUCAAUGGAUCCCCAAGGAGGCAUGCCCAACAUGGGCCAGCAGGUGAGGGGGUCAUCUGCUUUUAGUCCAGUACAGCUGCAGCAGCUCAGAGCUCAGAUUCUGGCCUACAAGAUUCUGGGUCGUGGGCAGCCGCUACCGGAAAACCUUCAGCUGGCUGUUCAAGGUAAAAGGAGCCUACCCACAAUGCAACAGCAGCAGCAGCAACCACAACAACAGCCGCAGCCACAGGCACCAAGUGCCAGUCCUUACAACAGGCCUCCAGGUAUGCCAAUGGCACCUAUGGGGGGUCCCCAGUCGAGUCCCUGCCCAGCCCCAGCCAUGCAAGUACUCAAUCAAAGCACAGGACCCAAGCCUUGGGCCGAUGGUCAGUGUGCUGAAAAUCAAACCAUUGCACAGAAGCAGCUCACUCCUGUUGCUAGUGGUCGCCCCUCUCCUGCACCACCUCAGGCCUCUGCUGUGCCAGCUGGGCCCAUGCCGGGCAGUUCGGGGACCCCUCAGCCUCCUGGGCAGCAGGGGUCCGUAAUGCUCCCGAUACAGCACAAGCAGAACCGCAUCACGCCUAUCCAGAAGCCCCAGGGCUUGGACCCAGUGGGAAUCCUGCAGGAGAGAGAAUACAGACUGCAGGCUCGGAUUGCGCAUCGAAUCCAGGAACUGGAAAGUCUGCCAGGCUCGCUGCCUCCGGACCUCAGGACUAAAGCCACAGUGGAGCUCAAGGCUCUGCGUCUGCUCAACUUCCAGCGUCAGCUGAGGCAGGACGUCGUGGCCUGUAUGAGACGAGACACGACCCUGGAGACGGCCCUCAACUCGAAGGCUUACCGGCGCAGCAAGCGGCAGACGCUGAGGGAGGCACGCAUGACCGAGAAGCUGGAGAAGCAGCAGAAGCUCGAGCAGGAAAAGAAGCGCAGGCAGAAACAUCAGGAAUAUCUCAACAGCAUCCUUCAACAUGCCAAGGACUUCAAAGAGUAUCACCGCUCUGUGUCCGGUAAGAUGCAGAAGCUCACCAGAGCCAUCGCCACCUGGCACACCAACACGGAGCGUGAGCAGAAGAAGGAGACGGAGAGAAUCGAGAAGGAGAGGAUGAGGAGACUCAUGGCAGAAGACGAGGAAGGGUACCGAAAACUAAUCGAUCAAAAGAAAGACAAGCGUCUGGCCUACUUGCUGCAGCAGACGGAUGAAUAUGUGGCCAACCUCACCACCCUGGUGUAUGAACACAAAGCUGCUCAAGCUGCCAAGGAGAAGAAGAGGAGACGGAAGAGAAAGAAGAAGGUGGAUGGCGAUGGUGAAGGCACUAGCGCAAUUGGACCCGAUGGAGAGCCCAUGGAUGAAAGCAGCCAGAUGAGUGAGCUGCCUGUCAAAGUGAUUCAGACUGAGACCGGGAAAGUUUUGCAGGGAACCGAGGCCCCAAAAUCCAGCCAGCUGGAGGCUUGGCUCGAGAUGAACCCCGGGUAUGAAGUGGCCCCGCGGUCAGACAGCGAGGAGAGCGGCUCAGAGUUUGAAGAGGAGGAGGAAGAUGAGGCGUCCAAAGGAGAGACAGAGGAGAAGAAGAUAAUCGAUCCCAAUGGAGAUGGAGCCACUGAGGGUGCUGCCAAGAACAUCAUCGAGUCAGCCAAGCAGGAUGUGGAUGAUGAGUACAGUGUUCCUACUGGCCAAACCAGCUCCCAGUCUUACUACGGCGUGGCCCACGCUGUCAUUGAGAGGGUGGAGAAGCAGUCGUCACUGUUGAUCAAUGGGAUGCUCAAACAGUACCAGAUUCAGGGGCUCGAGUGGAUGGUGUCCUUGUACAACAACAAUCUCAACGGCAUCUUGGCUGAUGAAAUGGGGCUCGGCAAAACCAUCCAAACCAUCGCCCUUAUCACCUACCUGAUGGAGCACAAGAGGCUCAAUGGUCCCUUUGUCAUCAUCGUUCCUCUCUCGACCUUGUCUAACUGGGUCUAUGAGCUUGACAAAUGGGCUCCGUCUGUGGUUAAGAUUGCUUACAAGGGCACCCCUGCUUUGCGUCGUGGGCUGGUGCCUCAGCUCCGCAGCGGGAAGUUCAACGUCUUGCUGACCACCUAUGAAUACAUCAUCAAAGACAAGCAUAUACUGGCUAAGAUUCGCUGGAAGUACAUGAUCGUUGACGAGGGUCACCGCAUGAAGAACCACCACUGUAAACUGACACAGGUGCUGAACACGCACUACGUGGCCCCCCGUCGGCUGCUCCUCACCGGGACUCCUCUGCAGAACAAGCUGCCCGAGCUGUGGGCCCUGCUCAACUUCCUGCUGCCCACCAUCUUCAAGUGCUGCAGCACCUUCGAGCAGUGGUUUAACGCACCCUUCGCCAUGACAGGAGAGAGGGUUGACUUAAACGAGGAGGAAACCAUCUUGAUCAUCCGGCGUCUGCACAAAGUGCUCCGCCCGUUUCUCCUGCGCAGGCUGAAGAAAGAGGUGGAGUCUCAGCUGCCAGAGAAGGUGGAGUAUGUCAUAAAGUGUGACAUGUCUGCCAUACAGAAGGUUCUGUACCGCCACAUGCAGAAAGGCAUCCUCCUCACUGACGGCUCAGAGAAAGACAAGAAGGGCAAAGGUGGAGCAAAGACCUUAAUGAACACCAUCAUGCAGCUGAAGAAGAUCUGCAACCACCCGUACAUGUUCCAGCACAUUGAAGAAUCCUUUGCUGAGCACUUGGGCUAUCCGAACGGCAUCAUCAGUGGGCCUGAUCUGUAUAGAGCAUCUGGGAAGUUUGAGCUCCUCGAUCGCAUCCUACCGAAGCUCCAGGCCACCAACCACAGAGUGCUGCUGUUCUGCCAGAUGACCACUCUCAUGACAAUCAUGGAGGACUAUUUCGGAUACCGCAACUUUCAGUACUUGCGUCUUGAUGGAACCACCAAGUCCGAGGACCGAGCAGCACUGCUGAAGAAAUUCAAUGAGGAAGGCUCUCAGUACUUCAUCUUCCUCCUGAGUACCAGAGCUGGCGGCCUCGGCCUCAACCUGCAGGCUGCUGACACUGUGGUCAUCUUUGACAGUGACUGGAACCCUCACCAGGACCUUCAGGCUCAGGACCGGGCUCACCGCAUCGGCCAGCAGAACGAGGUGCGCGUGCUUCGUCUCUGCACUGUCAACAGCGUCGAAGAGAAAAUCUUGGCUGCUGCCAAAUACAAACUGAACGUUGAUCAGAAGGUCAUCCAGGCCGGCAUGUUUGACCAGAAGUCGUCGGGCCACGAGCGCCGCGUCUUUCUCCAGGCCAUCUUGGAGCACGAGGAGCAGAACGAGGAGGAAGAUGAGGUGCCUGAUGAUGAAACUCUGAACCAGAUGAUAGCCCGCAAUGAGGAUGAAUUUGAGCUCUUCAUGCGCAUGGACAUGGACCGGCGCAGGGAGGAUGCUAGGAACCCAAAGCGUAAGCCUCGCCUAAUGGAGGAGGACGAGCUGCCUUCUUGGAUCAUCAAAGACGACGCCGAAGUGGAGCGGCUCACCUACGAAGAGGAGGAGGAGAAGAUGUUUGGUCGAGGGUCUCGCUGCCGUCGGGACGUGGACUACAGCGACACGCUGACUGAAAAACAGUGGCUGCGGGCGAUUGAAGAUGGAAACCUGGAGGAGAUGGAGGAGGAGAUCCGGCUGAAAAAGCGCAAACGCAAAAGACGUCAGGACAAGGACUCCGGCAGAGAGGACGGAGGCACGAAGGCCAAGAAGAGACGUGGACGACCGCCAGCAGAGAAGCUGUCCCCCAACCCGCCCAAACUCACCAAGCAAAUGAACGCCAUCAUUGAUACAGUGAUCAACUACAGAGACGGCUCUGGAAGGCAACUCAGUGAAGUGUUUGUCCAGCUUCCAUCCAGGAAGGAACUCCCAGAAUAUUACGAACUGAUCCGAAAACCCGUGGACUUCAAAAAAAUCAAGGAACGUGUGAGAAACCAUAAAUACAGGAACGUGGGGGACCUGGAGAAGGACGUGAUGCUGCUCUGUCAAAACGCACAGACCUUCAACUUGGAGGGAUCCCAGAUAUACGAGGACUCCAUCGUUCUUCAGUCUGUUUUCAAGAGCGCCAGACAGAAGAUCGCCAAGGACGAUGACAGCGAUGACGACAGUGAGGAGGAGGAGGACGACGACGACGAUGACUCAGAGGCCGAGGCCAAGUCAGUGCGGGUAAAGAUCAAGCUGAGCAGGGAGGCACGCGGCCACGACAAAGGCAAGAAGAGGCAGAGCCGAGGGAAGGCCAAGCCGGUGGUCAGCGACGACGACAGCGACGAGGACCAGGAUGAUAAUGAUCAAUCAGACAAGAGCAAAAGUGAUGACGAGUGACGAAGGAGAAGCAAGGGCGCGAGGAUAUUGUUUACAGCACUUAGAAACAAAGGACAAUAUCUUCCA